UCAAAUCAAGGUACCUAACCUUAGCCCAAAAAUCGAAUAGAGAGAGAGAAAAUAAAAGAAAUGAAAAUGUCAGGUCACAGAAGCAGCUUUAUCUUCUUUUUUCUGACCUCGCUUCCAUCCCCUUUCGUAGUAAUCAUUCCACACCUCACUCUCUUUUCUUCUCUCACUAAACAAAACCCCUUCUCAUCUCACAGUUCUCUCUCCCUCUCCCUCUCCCUCUCCCUCUCCCACACACGCAGUAGCAGCAGCACACAAAUUGAAAUGAAUCGUUUUUAAUGCCAUCGCUUCUCCCUCUUUCUGUGUGUAUGUAAAAUCUUUGUUUUCAUCAGACAAAGGUGCAGAAAGUUGCGUCUCAGAUCCCCAUAUACACCGAAAACGAUACAGCUCUCUCUCUCUCUCUCUCUCUCUCUCUCUCUCUCUCUCUCUCGUAACCCUCAUCAACACAGCACCCUAUAGAGUGGUCCUCAACCUCUUCCUUCUUCCUCCUUCCUUCCCCUAUAUUAUUCCGAGUUCACUGCUUUGCCUUUAACACUAUCUUUAGCUCAAAGGAAAUGCAAGAACCAAACUUGGGAAUGAUGGGUGGUUUAAGCGGAGAGGUAUCCGGCGAUCACCACCGCCAACUGAAGGCGGAGAUAGCCAGUCAUCCGCUCUAUGAGCAGCUUCUGGCUGCACACGUGGCAUGCCUCCGUGUUGCCACUCCCAUCGAUCAGUUACCACUCAUCGACGCUCAGUUAUCUCAGUCUCACCAUAUUCUUCGCUCUUAUGUCUCACACCACACCCAAGCCCAUUCUCUUUCCCCUCAUCAUCGCCAAGAACUUGACAACUUUCUGGCACAAUAUUUGAUAGUUUUGUGUACUUUCAAAGAACAGCUACAACAACAUGUCAGAGUCCAUGCCGUCGAGGCUGUCAUGGCAUGCCGUGAUAUCGAAAAUACCUUACAAGCUCUCACAGGAGUCAGUUUGGGAGAAGGAACUGGGGCAACAAUGUCGGAUGAUGAAGAUGAUAUGCCGAUGGAUUUUUCUUUAGAUCAAUCUAGUGCUGAAGGGCAUGACAUGAUGGGAUUUGGUCCGUUACUUCCUACAGAAUCUGAAAGGUCACUGAUGGAAAGAGUUCGUCAGGAACUAAAGAUUGAGCUGAAACAGGGUUUUAAGUCAAGAAUUGAAGAUGUCAGGGAAGAAAUAUUAAGGAAACGAAGAGCUGGGAAAUUACCAGGUGAUACCACUUCGGUGUUAAAGAACUGGUGGCAGCAACAUGCCAAGUGGCCUUACCCAACUGAAGAUGACAAGGCAAAACUUGUGGAGGAGACAGGGUUGCAGCUGAAGCAAAUUAAUAACUGGUUCAUCAACCAAAGGAAACGCAACUGGCACAGCAACUCUCAAUCGGUUACCUCUUUGAAGUCCAAGCGCAAAAGGUAGAGACAUAUUUUGUCCCUAACUAUAUGGAGCAGCUAGCAACACAACAAUAUAUAUAUGGACUUACUUUGUGCUUAUUGCUGAUAGAAUUUAGCCCCACUAAGAUUCGACUCAGAUGCAGAAGAUAGUAGAUGGUUUAUUGUAAUGUAAGAUAGCUGGAAAGAAAAAAAACAAAAAAAGCUGGUUGUAAAUUUGUGGAAUUUGACGUAUGCAAACUUUUCUGUUAGGUGUGGUUGCUCCCUUUCUUUUAACUGUAUUUGUAAAUUGUUUGCUGUUUUUCUGACCGGCGAAAGAAUUAUUACUAUUACGAUGUAUACAGAUGCUUGAAAGGUUAGCUGACCUUCAUAUAUACUUUCUUUGACCUCUAAUAUCACAUUAGUUAUUAUAUAUCAAAAAGGAGAAUACAAAAUUUCUCUCUUCAC